GCAAAGAGAAAGACGAAUGAGAAAAAGGGAACUUUUGGGAUAAACUGUGUUGGUUGAAGAAAGGGCUUCUCGUCGCUGGAUAUUCGUUUUCAGAUGGUCUUCGGUUACUUAUACGUCUUUUGUAAACUUUUCAAAAUGUGUCACGUUCUUGACAAGUCACUUUUAAGCAGCGGGGAGACGUAAAUAGUUGUUUAUUGUCAACGUAGACGGGAACAGUUAAUACCAUUUCGUAGACUAUCUUUUCAAGUACUGGUAAUUUAACUUCAUUCUCCCCCAAUUAUCAUCGAAGUAGAAUAACACGUUAGUCUCGCUCUAGCGUGUUGCGUUGUUGUUGUUUGUUUGUGCUUUCCCCACUCGUGGAUCUGGCAAGGUUCGGCUACCUUGUGACUCCGUGAAUGCCCCGUUUUCUCUCGGUACAACGGUGAAGGAUGCCAGAAUGCCUUCGCUGAUCAUCUCCCAUCUGCUCGUCAUCUGGCUAGCUGUCCAGAGGUUGGCCCUUUGCGCCGAGCGCGCUUCGACUCGGGAGCGCUUCAAAGUGGUCAUCGCUCCACUGAUCUGUAAACGGACAUGUCAACGGACGGGUCAGUGUCAAGACACCUGCGAGCAGGGCAACAACACCACCCUGAUUGGAGAGAACGGACAGUCUGCUGACACCCUCACUGGCCGGGGUUUCAGAGUUGUGGUGUGCCCUCUGACAUGUCAGAACGGGGGCAUGUGUGCGUCGCGCACACACUGCCACUGCCCGCAGGGCUUCACGGGCCGCCUGUGCCAGCUCCCGGUGCUGAACAUGUCGGCGCGGGGCAACCAGCCUCCCGCCCUCCCACUGCCCGUAGGCGGAGGAGUGGGCGCCACGGCGGGGGUAGGAGGGGCCGGCGGCGAGGGCCAGAGCAUGUUGGACCUGGGCGGACGUCAUCAGAUGACGCAAACCCACACCGUCCUCACCCUCCCACUGCUACAGGGCACCGGGCACCACUCGUCUGAAGUUCACGUUCGUGUCCACCACCCGACUGACACGUCGGUCAUCAUCCAGCCUCUGGAUCAGCCGGACGGGAAGCCUCCUAAGACUGUGACGCGCCUCCCCCCUCCCACACACAAGCCUAGGGGGCGCUGUUUUCAGGAGACAACUCCCAAACAAGCUUGUAGCAGUAACCCCUUGCCCGUGCUGACCAAUCAGGAGGACUGCUGUGGCAGCGUGGGCAACUCGUGGGGCCAGAACAAGUGUUAUCAAUGCCCCAAACUACCAUAUCCUGGAUUAAAGCUCCAGUCUAUCAUAGAGGACUACGGUCCCAACUGCCCCCAGGGUUACAAACGACUCAACAGCACUCACUGUCAAGAUAUAAACGAGUGCACCAUGCACGGCGUGUGUCAGAACGGCGAGUGUCUGAACACGCAGGGCUCGUACCGCUGCACCUGUAAGCCGGGCUACACGCUGGACCGGACCCUGGAGCGUGCGCGCUGCGUGGGUAAGACAGUUGAGUUGGGGACUUGUUACCGUGUGGUGACCGAGUCAGGGAAGUGUGAGCACGCCCUGAAUCUGAGGGACAUCUCGCUAGAGAUCUGCUGCUGCACCACCGUGGGCAAAGCCUGGGGCAGCUCCUGCCAGAGAUGCCCGCAGGCCGGCACAGCCUCCUUUAAUAAGAUCUGUCCAGCUGGAAAGGGGAUGUCCUAUGUGACCAUUCAGGACAGGGUAACCCUAGGGCUACUCUAUCCUCCCAUGUACCCUCCAGUGCCAAAGCCUGAUAUUCCAGAAGUCAAGCCUCCAGCGACCCCUGUCCAGACGACCACGCCUGUGCACCAUGCCCCUAUUAGCACGCCCCGUGUCCCCCCUAUUAUCACGAAACCCACACCCAAGCCCAUCAUCAAAGUGGACCCAACACACUCCGCCCUUGGGGUGCAAACACAGGUCUCACAUGUAUUUAUAGACAUGUGUGCCCAGGGAAGGAAUAUCUGUGGGCAGGGCAAGUGCAUUACUCUCGCCAAUGACUACGCGUGUCAGUGCAACCAUGGCUUCCACUUCGAUAUGCAAAGGAGAAGUUGUGUGGAUGUGAAUGAAUGCGAGUCUGAGCCUUGUGGUAUCAAAAAAGGGACCUGCCAUAACACAGUGGGCUCGUACCAGUGCCGCUGCCUGCCAGGCUUCAAGGCCAUGUCCCAGGGGAAGCUCAGAUGUGUAGACAUAAAUGAAUGCUCCAAGCCUGACAUAUGUGGACCUGAAGGUCAGUGUAUUAACUUGCCGGGAUUCUAUAAGUGUGAUUGCCUGCCGGGGUACGCCAGCAAGUCCCGUCGCCAGCCUGCUUGUGAGGACAUUAAUGAAUGCCUGGACCCCAGCAGUUGUCCGAAUGAGCAGUGUGAGAAUAUACCUGGAUCUUAUGAGUGUGUGCCCUGUCAGCCAGGAUACAUGGCCCAGGGAGGAGUCUGCUAUGAUGUGAAUGAGUGCCAGAGAAGAGGAAUGUGUCUAAAUGGGCGCUGUGAGAACCUCCCAGGGACGUACCGCUGCCACUGCAACGAUGGCUUCCUGUCCGAGGCCGACAGCAAGGGCUGCCGCGACAUCAAUGAGUGUGAGGACCACCGCUUGUGUGCUAACGGCCACUGCCUGAACACCGAGGGCUCCUUCCAGUGCCAGUGUUUCCCUGGUUACCAGCCCACCCAGGAGGGCAGCCACUGUGAGGACAUUAAUGAAUGUGAGAGGGCGGCCUACUGCCAGAGAGGCCGCUGCAUCAACAUCCUGGGCUCGUACCGCUGUGAGUGUGAGGAGGGCUUCAUUCUCCGUGGACGCAGGUGUGAAGAUAUAAACGAGUGUGACGUGGACCGGAGUCUGUGCCAGCCGUUUGGCAUGUGUGAGAACCGACAGGGCUCCUAUGUGUGUGUGUGCAAUCAGGGAUACACUUUGUCUGAGGACAAACACAGCUGUGAAGCCAUCGAGAUCAACCUGGACAACAAGAAGGAGUGCUAUCUGAACCUGGACGACACGGUGUUCUGCGACAGCGUCCUAGCGACCAAUGUCACCAAACAGGAGUGCUGCUGUUCCAUCGGUGUGGGAUGGGGCGACCACUGUGAGAUCUACCCGUGCCCAGUGUCUCAUUCAUCUGAGUUCCAUUCGCUGUGUCCCGUGGGUCGAGGCUUUUACCAUGAGGAAGGCAUGACUGAGUACGGACUCGCUGUACACAGAGAUAUUGACGAGUGUAUGCUGUUUGCUGAUGAGAUCUGUAAGGAGGGUCGUUGCAUGAACACGCAGCCAGGUUAUGAGUGUUACUGUCAGCAGGGGUUCUACUACGAUGGCAAUCUCCUCGAGUGCAUAGAUGUGGAUGAGUGUCAUGAUGAGUCCAUCUGUAGAAAUGGACGCUGUGUGAACACACGAGGGUCAUUCUACUGCAACUGCAACCCCCCUUAUGCCCCGGAUGCCAGCAACAAGAAGUGUGUGAUCCCGACAGUCACAGGUGUGAACGAGUGCCAGGAUCUGGCCAACUGUAAGAACGGCCAGUGUGUGGACACCCAGGACUCCUACUACUGCAUCUGCACGUCGCCGUGGAUCCUGGCCACCGACCGCAACAGCUGUGUCACGCCAGAGGAGCAGGCCGUAACGGGUCUGUCUGUGGUGCCCCUUGCAGAUGUAGAUGAGUGCCAGGACCCCUCGUACUGCAAGAACGGACGGUGCGAGAACACGCCCGGCUCCUUUCACUGCAUAUGCAUUCAGCCGCUCACCUUCAGCGCGGCGCUCAAACAGUGCGUCUACGACGACCGGACGGCGGCCCAUAAGGACGUGUGCUUCCAGGAGGUGAGCGAGGGGCUGAUCUGCACCAGGCCCCGGAGUGGACACGUGGUCACCUACUCCGAGUGCUGCUGCCACUACGGCCGCGGCUGGGGGCCCGAGUGCCGCACCUGCCCGCGCAGGAACUCAGUGCUGUUUAAUCGGCUGUGCGAGAUGCACUUGGACACAGAGUCUGAUGGGGAAGGGGACUUCCAGGCUGUUUUUGCAAACUACAACCCAGGUGGGGACAGCUCGGAGGAGGACUCAGAUGAAUGUAGCUGUGCCAACGGCCGCUGUGUGCGCUCCUACCUGGGCACCAUGUGCGAGUGCAACCCAGGCUUCCGGCGGGACCACUCACGCACACGCUGCAUCGACAUUGAUGAGUGUGCAGAGAGAGGCCGUGUGAAUCCAUGUAAGAAUGCACGCUGUGUCAACACCAGAGGUUCCUUCAAGUGCUUCUGCAAACAAGGCUUUGUGCCUGCACGGAGACCCAACGUGUGUGUGCGACCGAGGUCCUCAUAACAUCACCUCACACACACACACACACACACACACUACACUAUCUAUUAAAUUUGUAUUUGUUUACCUGUCAUGUUGUCAUAGGAAUGUUCUCCUCUGGCCACAUUUAUGCAGGUGAACAGAGAGGGAGAGAGAAACAAACAUACACACAUGUAUUUUCUCACACACACAUACACACACACAAACACACACUUCCUCCUUCUCUCUCAUUGCCACGCACAACGAAAUAUUUUCACUGUCAUGCUCAUUCAAAAACAGACUCUUAUUUACAUUAUCAAUUACACACGCAUACACACAUGGACAAUUACAGCUAAACACUCUCACACACACUCAACACAUGUACACAAACCAAAGCCCUCUCCCUGUGGUUUCACUCUUGCCGUUAGUGUUUUUCGUUCAACUGAUUUAGUGUUCUUUUUUUUUUCUUGUUUGUUUACACUUGUGCUAUUGUAUUUUGUUGACCCUGCCUCCAAGAGAUUUGCACAAGUUUGAAACCAUUAAUUAAAUGUAAUGAGGUCUCCUCUUGUUACGCCCAUGUUUGAUUGACCUUCUGUUGUAUGUUUUAUUUUAUUUUAUUCUAUUGCCUUGUCACUGAAGAGUCCGAUGUAAGAAGCUGUUAGCUAGUGUUCACUUGUGGAUAACACCAAAAAAGUCCCGCUCCUGUCCUCAGUGUCUGUCAGUUUUUUUGGUUCCUGUUUUUCUUUUUCCUUUUUCAUCAGACACAAAUGGGAUGGAAAGGAUAUACGGAAAUGAGAUGUAAAAAAAAGAAAACAUUAGACAUCAACAACACAGCCUUUGUUUGGAAAAGUACAGUCGAGACAAAGCAGAUAAGAUUCCUUUGAAAAGCAUACAUGUCGAUGUAUUUUUGUAAUUAUUAUUUUUCUAAGUUUUGUUGACUGUUCAUCUUGCAUAUUGUUUACUAUGAUGUUAAAGGCAGCAUUGGUAUUAGUUUAGAUGACUAUGAACUGUCUGUAACCCAGGUGUCAUGAUGUGGUCUCUGGUUGCAGGUGAUAUGUUUUAUGUUCCAACAUGUCAUUUAUGACGCUCAUACAGUAUGUUAGUCCAGCAUAGGUCCCAGUGUGUAAAUAUUUAAUAAAUUAGUAUGAGGAGGUUUUUACAACAUGCCAUCAAUAUAAAGCUUUUAGAUCUUGAUCCAUUUUGUGUAUAUUGUGGGUCAAGGUUUUGUGUCAGGCUCGCAGAGAAAAUACUUGAUAUGAUUGAAACGUUGAAAAUUCUUAUUUUGAUUUGAUAUUCCUUCAUUGCUAAGAGUUAGCUUUAAGAGUGACCUAAAGCUUUUUUUGACUUUAUCUUUCAAUGAUCUACAUUGCACUUGUUGGGAUCAGAUCCAUGCCUUGAAGAGGAGGAUGACUAGGAACAAAUCAAAUCGAUUAACGACUCACAGAAAGAGGGUGAAGUGUGAACGCAUCAUACUCUCAUUGGUGUUUACUGUAACUCCAUCAGUGAGUGAGAUAUUAUGUAGAAAUGUCCCCACGCCAUCAUGCAAAUGAUGAAAUAGAGAAAACUGGCAAUAAAUAAAGUGAAUGAAGUUAAACCCUAA